CAUUGGAUGGUGAAUCUUCAAGCUGAUCCUCGCGAAAGAACCAAAGAACAUACACGCCUCAAUAAUAAUUGAAACGCUGUUUGCUUAACCUGACGACUGUGGAUUAGCGGGUGCAGCUUUCGUUAUAAAGCCUGACAUCGCCAGUGCAGCUGGCAUAUUGUGUUCUUUAUUGAUAACAUCAAUGAGCUUUCGUUUAUUUCGUCCUUUGGUGUGUUACCUGAGGUGGAUGUAUCGCCAGGUGCUCGUGGUGCUCGCGGUCUUCGCCGCUAUUCAAUGCGGGGUUCCAGCAUCAUGCGCUCGUAAUUUAAAUUACAGACCAAUCAUCGGAAUUUUAGCCCAGGAAAACUUAGAGGACGACCCUCAUGCACAGGGAUCUUCCUACAUCGCUGCAUCAUAUGUGAAACACUUGGAGUCAGCUGGUGCCAGGGUUGUGCCAAUCCGCAUAAAUCAGACAGAGGAGGAGUAUGAAAAACUAUUCUACGCAAUAAAUGGUUUGUUGCUACCUGGAGGAAAUGUGGACAUUGAAAAGUCUCAGUUUACCAGAGUGUCGAAGAUUUUCUAUGAACUUGCAAUAAAGGCGAAUGAUGUUUCGGAUUAUUUUCCGAUCUGGGGAACCUGUCAGGGUUUCCAGCAGCUCACGGUCCUGACCAGCAACAAGAACCUGUUGACCUUGACCGACACCAAAGCCGUGACCCUGCCGUUGACCUUCAGCCCGGGAGCCCAAAACAGCAGGUUGUUCAAAAAAUUCCCAAAGGAUGUUCUUCAGUCUCUGGCAGAAGAAAACAUCACGUCUAAUUUCCACAGCUGGAGCCUGUCCAUGCAGAAUUACAGUGGCAAUGCCAAGCUGAAGCGUUUUUAUAGGGUCCUGACCACAAAUACAGACGGCAAGAAAGAGUUCAUUUCCACCAUGGAGGCGUCUCGAUAUCCCUUCUACGCGGUGCAGUGGCAUCCAGAGAAAAGCGCGUUCGAGUGGAUUGAUAAACCCGGUAUGGUGCACACCCCGUCAGCCAUCAAAGCCACUUUUUACGCUGCCCACUUCUUCGUUUCUGAAGCAAUGAAAAACCAUCAUCAUUUUUCUUCGCGAAGUGAAGAGGAAAAAGCUCUGAUUUACAACUAUCAGCCCGUCUUCAAUGGCCUGGACAGCAUCUUCCUACAAAACUACUACUUCGAAUAAAUGUUUAGUCAUUACACUUCAUAUUAAUCAUGGCAAGAAUUUUUGUUGAAAUUAUUUCUUUACUUGUACAGUUUGCCAAAACUUGAUGAUGGGAAUGCCGAGAUGUAUUUUGAGUUCAUGCUUUUAAAUGUUCCUAUUGAUUGUAGAUGUGAUGGAAUGUAUCAAAGCAGUUUUAUCCAAUUCAGAAGUCAUUUUAUAUAGGAUUAUGUGUCUUCUAGUAAAGUCAAACUUUGUCAUCUUUCACAUAGUUUACAAGCAUGCCAAUGCAAUGUUAAAAUGUAUUGCUUUGUAAAUUUUAGGGAAAAUAAAAUGGAUUUUUGUGUUUUAA